AUGGAAUAUCUCACGACGCUUCAGUCGCCCGUGGACGACCUGAAGCCAUCGAUCUUCGAGUUGCUUUCCGAGCAACAACUAUCAGCACUUCUCCCGCCGACCCUCCGAUAUCUCCUCGCCCUCGCCACACAUAGACAACCUCGAUACCUCCUUCGAAUCCUGAACAAUUUCGACGAAGUCUACGCUCUCCUUAGUUUGGUGGUGGAGCGGUACUACCUGAAAAGCUUUGGAGGAGGUUUCACAGAGAACUUCUAUGGCCUGAAGAGAGAGAAGGUGUUGAGCAUAAAUGGUGGAGAGAUCAAGAGGACGCAACUAGCCGUGCCCGAAGAGGUUCGCCAGCGACUGAGGCUAGGCGGCCGAGAUGUGUGGAAGAACCUGGCUGUUCUCGUUGGCAUACCUUAUCUAAAGAGGAAGCUGGAUGAGAGUUAUGACAUCCACAUUGCGCCCAGUGCAAGUCUACUCAUGGGCGGCGGGUUGGGAGGGCGACGGUAUCUGGAUCGAGACUCGCUCCCACCUAAUCCGACCAUCAAGCAGAGACUGUUACAUUACUACAAAUGGUUCUUGCGGAACGUCUAUCCGAGUCUGAAUGCGGCAUAUUAUUUCAGCAUCUUGGCUUUCAGCUUGGGCUAUCUAUUCGACGGGACCAAGUAUUCGAGUCCGUUCCUAUGGAUGGUUGGCACCAGAAUCAGGAGGAUGGGUGCGGCUGACUAUCGAGCAAUAGAUGCCGCAAGGGACGCAGCUGAGAAAGCAGCUACCGCUCCUGGGCGGCCUGGACAAGGGUUGAGCGGCUUGCUGAAUCCGCGCACUUUGUAUCCGCGGUUUCUAUCAAGCCUGAGGAUUCUGUUGCCGACCAGCAUCUUUGCGUUGAAGUUUUUGGAAUGGUGGCAUGCCAGCGACUUUUCUCGUCAGUUGAGCAGGAAAGCAGCUGAAGGAUUGGAACUCCCGCCGCCCAUUGUGUCGGGCAUGGACCUGGUCCAAAAAUCCGUGCCAAAGCAACAAGGGUUGCCAGCCAAAUCUGCCAACAGCACUGCGAAACGGAGCCCUCCAAUCUCAAGUAUAACCUUCCUACCUAUAUUUACAGUCCCACCGCCCACGUCCAGCGACCUCUGCCCUAUCUGUCUCCAUCCCGUAUCCACCGCUGCCGCUUGUCAAACUGGGUAUGUGUUCGACUACAAGUGCAUCUUUCAGUGGAUUGAAGGCACGCACGAACGGCAGGAGGCGUUUAUGAAGGGUGAGAAGAUGAGUGAAUGGGAGGAAGACGAUGAUGAUGAGGGUGAUGACCGAAAGGACGAUUCAACACGCAAAGAACAAAAGAGCCGUGAGGGGAGCUGGGAGAGCGGUAAGGGGCGCUGCGCAGUAACUGGUCGACGUGUCCUAGGAGGCACGAGCGGAUUGCGCAGAAUCAUGGUGUGA